GACACGUCGUCUACUUUCACUUUCAUUUUAAAUCCGAAUAAUGUCGGUCGUUAUUUUCCGCUAAAUUUCCGAUCACUUCAUCAACUAAACAUCAUACCGAAAGUAGAAAUGUUGUUUACCGCUAUCAUUUUCAUUGUUUUAAAACUUAUCCACUCUAGAAUUAUUGGAACAUUUGUAAUGCCACAUGGUGGAAUUGCAUUGGAUCCAACGCAUUUCAACACUUCCAAUGCAACUGCAAAAACUGAAGCGGAGAAAUUACACAAAUCAUGUGAAGAAGUUGGACAAGUGAUUGAUUCACUGGCUCCUGAUCUUGUUUUCUUAAGCACACCACAUGGUUUAUCAGAUUUAAAAAACUUCGUACUUUACCUGAACCCUGCUGGAUAUGGCAAGGCAGAUACGGACAACUGUCAAUGCCCACCAUGCUGUUACUCAAUAAAGAUAAAAAUAGACAAUUCUACUUCUGUUGAUUUAAUUCAAGCCAUGAUGCCUACUACAAAUAUAAGUGGGUUGAGCGCAUUUGGGCCACCAGGUCAGAGUCAAGAACUAUUUCCUUUAAGGUGGGGGGAAGUUAUUCCUCUGUACUUUUUACCAAAUAUCAAUAGAAUUAAAGUUGUAAUACUGUCACAACCAAGUAGAAGAUAUACACAGGAUGUUAGUAUGAUUCCUGAACUACUAGAACUAGGAUCUACCUUAUAUAAAUACUUAGAAAAUCUACCACAGAAGGUGGUGACCAUUAUAAGUGCUGACUUGGCUCAUACACACCUCAAAUCUGGUCCCUAUGGUUACUCAGAUGCAGCAGAACCAUUUGAUCAGGCAAUAGGCCAGUGGGUAUUGACAUUGGAUCAAUCUGUUCUGACUGUAGAUGCUGCAAAAUAUGUUGACAAAGCUUUAUCUUGUGGAUACACUGGACUUGUCAUGCUUCAUGGAAUGAUGCAUGCUGGGGAAUUGUCAUCAUGGAAACCAACACUUUAUGCAAAUUAUCAUCCCAGUUAUUACGGAAUGAUGGUUGCUUCAUUUCUUAGGACUUCACAUAUUCAUGAUUCCUUAUAAUAUACAAUACUUUCAUAUUUUGUUGAAUAAAAACGCAUUUAAACAAGUGCUUUUUUUAUUACACAUGUAUCAAUAAGGAGAGUGGGUGUUUUGAGGUGUACUUUGUCUUGUAAAAUUAUAAAAGGUUAAGGUACCUUUUGAGGUGUACAUGGUAUUUUGUCUUAUAAAUUUAUUAUUAAGGGCUAUUCCAGAGAAUAUAUGGGGUGGGGUUGGAUGGCACUUGAAUUAUUUUUGUAUGGGUGGUGGCAGGUCAUAAAGUUCAAAUUGUGCGGUUAUGUAUGCAAAGUAAAAUGUAAUUGUAAGGGUGAUGGCCAUAAAAAAGUGCCUCCAAAUAGCCCUUAUUAAGAUGAAUGUACUUUUUCAACCAAUCCAGUAUACCCCUGUCCUUCAGAUCAGGGUAUAUUAAUUGAAUCAACUUCUAAAUAGUUAUUGUGGUUAAAAAUAAUUGACAAAGCACAGAAUUUGUAAAUUUACUGCAUUAUUACAAUCUCAUAAUUAAAUAAAUAUAUGAAUGAUCAUACAAAAACAUAUUAAAAGUGUAGACACACAGUGAAAUAAAUGUUACUUUCUUUUAUUUGUAUUCAGUGUUAAAUUCAAUAUAUAGCACUUGUAAAACACAAUUAUCUUUUUAUAGAAAAAGACAAGAAGAUUAUAUAAAUAGAAGCAGGACAUGCACAUAAGUUUAUAUUUUCACUGGGCCUGGUGGUAAAUUCUCCCCCAUUCUUCAACUUCUAAUAUUAUUUCAU